AGUGAGGGCGCUCCUUCAGGCCAGUGGGCCUUUUUCAUUCACGGCUGACCCCCAUCAACAACAACCUACUUCCUCUUCAGUGUGAUUUCAUGGCGAUCGGGAGAGAGGGAACAUCGCCGACGCACGCACACUGUCUUUGCACUCUUCUCAGAGUUUAUUCUCGGUGCCACUAUCUGCAUUGAUAAAGGGGCUCCCUUGUACUUGGACUACUUCUGUGUUCCAGCUUCCUACUGCUCAGUCUAUGGCUCUGAUGGACAAACAUAAACAGGUCAAGCGACAGAGACUUGACCGCAUUUGUGAGGGUAUCCGACCCCCCAUCCUCAAUGGGCCGAUGCACCCCCGGCCUCUGGUGGCACUGUUGGACGGGCGUGACUGUACUGUGGAGAUGCCUAUCCUCAAAGAUGUAGCUACUGUGGCCUUCUGUGAUGCCCAGUCCACACAAGAAAUACAUGAGAAGGUGCUAAAUGAAGCUGUUGCGGCAUUGCUGUACCACACAAUUACUUUGUCCAGAGAUGAUUUGGAAAAAUUCAAAGGUUUACGUGUAAUUGUGCGGAUUGGCUCUGGAUUUGAUAAUGUUGAUGUGAAAGCAGCUGCUGAGCUAG